AUGAUUCAUGUAAUUAAACAGGCCAAUACAUAAAAAGUCAACAAUUUCUUACCUACCAAUCCACCAGAUAACAGAAUUUGGAUUUGAAGGGUUGUUGGGUCAACAAGGAACAUCCUAUACACAAUGUCACAACCACCACCCCCCUCAACCACCACCACCUACACUACCAUCCCCAUCUCCGCCGGGGACGUGAUUUCUCGGUCACUCCAAAACUUCACUUCCUCCUUCUCCAUCCUCCGCCCCUGGCCCGAGCUCUUCACUUCCGGAUCCUUCACCCGACCUGACUCAUUCGCCACUGCCUUGACCCGACUCCGGGCCAAUUUCCACCAUUUCAGAGUAAAUUACUCAAUAAUCAUCUAUGCUUGCGGAGCUUUAUCUCUAAUUGGGUCUCCAUUUUCUCUCCUAAUAUUUUCUUCUGUGCUGUCUCUCUGGCUGCUCCUCUACUUCUUUAGAGAAGACCCAUUGGUGUUAUGGGGCUAUGAUGUGAGUGAUCGCCUGGUUUUGAUUGGUUUGGUUUUGGUUUCUGUUUUGGGUGUUUGGUUAAGCGGGGCAGCUUGGAAUUUGGUUUGGGGUGUUCUGAUUGGAUUUUUGGUAUGUGCGAUUCAUGCUGUAUUGAGGAAUUCAGAUGGGUUGUUGGUUCCUGGCGAGGAAGCUGCUUUGGUCGGGUCAGGUUAUGUGUCCGGGUCAUAUGGAGCUUUAUCAGCAUCUAGUGAUGGUGGUGGUCAAUUCAUCAAGUAAAAUCGGAGUCCUUGAAAGGAACUGACUUUACAUCGUUUCAUUGAUUGCUUUAUUAUUUUACAUUAUAAUGAUUCUUGUGGAGAGUUCUGUGUGAUUUUGUUUGGUUUUGGUUUCUUUGGAGUGUGAAAGUUUGUCUCUUUUCUGUUCUUAAGACAAGUUGGAAGAAACUACUUAUGACUUAAAGUCAACAACGUAGUUUAGUGUGAAUUUCAACAAUUACUGCCUUCCUGUCUUGUGAUACUAUUUUUUAUAACAAUGUUGUUUAGUGUGAAUUUCAACAAUUACUGCCUUCCUGUCUUGUGAUACUAUUUCUUAUGUAAGUAUGUUUUUGGACAUGGAUAAGAGGGAUUCUCUAUUGUUUUCAA